AUGAAUACCAUUGAUGGUUCCGACCCCCCGCCGCCGUCACUGCUUGCCAUCGUCCUCGACACCAAUCCACACGCGUGGGCCCAUCUGUCCUCUACCCUCUCACUCUCUGCCGCCCUAGCCAACAUCCUCGUCUUCAUCAACGCCCACCUCGCAUCGGGAAACGGAAACGAAGUUGCCGUGAUAGCUUCCCAUUCGCACAAGACGACCUUUCUGUACCCCACGCCCACCGACCCCCAGCCACAGUCGCGGCGCGGCGACACAAACGGCCAUGUUCAGACGAAUGGCCAUGCAAAGGACAAGGAACACCACAUGGCAGAGAGUGCCAACAAGUACCGGCCAUUCGCUGUCGUAGAGAGCGCAAUCCUACGUAACUUCGCCAAGUUGCUCAACGAGACAAAAGAGAGCCACCUGGAAGCAACGCCUACAACACUCAUAGGCGGUGCUCUCUCCAUGGCUCUCACUCACAUCAACAAACAGACCAUCCUCCAUGCUCCCACGGCCGCAUCCGCCGACAGUACCGCUCUUGCAGCACUCGCCGACUCUGAAAAUACACACAUCGACCGCGUUCCCCUCACUUCUCGCAUCCUCAUCGUCUCUGUAUCCGGCGACCUUGCCAAUCAGUACAUACCCGUCAUGAACUCUAUAUUCGCCGCACAACGAAAGCGGAUACCCGUAGAUAUACUGAAACUGGCUGGCGACACUGUGCUAUUGCAGCAAGCGAGCGAUGCCACUGGAGGCGUAUACAUGAAACCCGACCGUCCAGAAGGUCUUCUACAGUAUCUGAUGAUGGCAUUCCUACCCGAUGUAACAGCACGAACAAGCUUGAUAGUCCCUAGCGCUGGCGGUGUCGAUUUCCGUGCAGCAUGUUUCUGCCACAGGAACGUCGUCGAUAUCGGCUUUGUCUGCAGUGUGUGCUUGAGCAUCUUCUGUAACCCACAUCUUCCUGACAACCUCUGCAUGACUUGCGGCUCCUACCUAUCUCUACGCAGUGCUGUCAUGAACCCGCCGGCGCUGAUACCACGGAAAAAGAAGAAGAAGAAGAAAGCCGGUACUGACCCUGCAACACCAGGGGCAAAUACUCCGGUAGGAUCUGGCACUCCUCUUCACGCUUGA